AUGAACGCCCCGACACUCCCCGUUGAUCCGCAAUGGUUUGCGCAGACUCUCACACCCUACCUGCGCUACGCUUUCAAGCACGUGCUGCAUGGCGAUCUCGACAUCGCGGCAUACGUACAACGAGCGCUCGAUUUCUCUAGCUACCAGCCCAAAUCCUCUAUGGACGGCGACGAUCUUCUCUUUGAGCGCAUCUUCUUCGCGAUUGAACGUAGGCAUCGAGGUCUCCCAGCCGAGCUCAAUGGACUCACGGAUAACCUGCAGCCUCUGGCGAGGUUUCUCAUCCGGCGGGCGCAGCUAAAGGGACCCUACGACUUGCUGCAUCGCCACACCCAGCCUAGUGAAGCAUGGAAGAAGUACGAGAGUGUACGGCUCAUGCAGAUUGCGGUCAAAAACACCAGAGUGCCAAACUAUUCCCUUUCAUCUGUGGAUAAUCAACCUGGAACUUCAACUUUCACGAUGACGACAAGACCACCCACAGACCACGAUAUUGACCCUCGUUUGCUCUACGCAAAGCCCGGCGACUUCACUGAGCCUGGGCUCUCGGGAACCUUGACCAUUCCUGAGUUGCAGCACUAUCGACGUCGAAACCAAGAAAUUGAGGCAUUCUGGGCAAGAAGACAGGGUCAGCUGUUAAAUCAGCAGCCAGGACUUGGACUACAACACCCAUCACUGAGCUCUCAAGGUUUCCUACAAGGCCUUCAACAUGACACGAUGUCGCCAAUCUGGCAGAGACAGUUCAAUGAUACUAUGAACGACCCAGGGUUGCCGUACGCACCACAUCCGACACUUCAGCAGCAUCUUACUCCGAAUUACGUGCAGCAGGUCGGACAGCAACAGAGUGCAGUGCCAUCCCUGCUUCCAUCGCCGACACCGACUCCUACGGCGCAGAUAUAUACACCGGCUCAGUCCAUCCAGCAGUACUCCCCACUAUUGGGCUCUUACCAAUCGACAGGCCAUCCAUCUUUAGCACCGACGCAGUGCCUCCAGCCACGCCAGGCGCCCACGGCGCCAGGGCUCAAAAUUAAGCAACAUAGUUUUCCUGUUCCGCCUCGGUCGCAGCCUGCGCAGUCUGUGAGUACCUCCACCCGUCGUUCCAAUGCUCAGUCUGGCCUCCCGACUCUCACUAGACCUGCCGGCAUCUCCAAGUCCGUUCCCCAACCCCCCACAACUGCUGCCACACCGGACUGGACCGACCCAGCUCAGCUUGCAGCUAGUAUGCCGGCCUUCAAAAGUCUCCUGAAAGAAGAGAAGGUAGCCAAAAUUCUGGAGAUCAACAGAGCAAUGAAGACCAAAAACCCUACUACGCUCACGUCGAUAGAGCAGUUCGUCCUCGACCAGAAUGUCGCUAAAGAAGACGUCACUACAGUGAGACUAGCAGGGACCGGUGGUAACAUGGUGAAGCCACCAGGUCAACAAGCGAUAACUGUUCCAGCGCCGGGCUAUCCGACCCAUCCGGGGGUACAUACAACUCCACCCGGUAUCGGAGCCUUCGCGCAUCAUCCGGGGUAUUCGAACAUCACGAGUUCGUUCCCUCAGCCAUCCUAUAAGCCACCAACGAAACCCGCACCGGUUGGCAAGCGGGGGAAGAAGAAGGAGAAGAAAAAGUGAGACAAGUUGGAACAGCACGCGAGCUGAACGGGCUAUUAGGAUACUGAUGUUUGUUCCCUGAAUCAUUUUGUCACUUGAUCAAGGAGAAGACUG